AUGAAAGCCUUUACUCCUUUCAAUGUACUUACUCUGAUAGCGUUGGCGGGCUAUGUGGACGCGCACGGAUUCAUUUCGCGACCCCCUGCAAAGUACAAUCUCAGCCCCACCUACACGGACUUCAAUUGUAUCAUCGAUGCCAGCGUUAACGAGGGAUUCGCCGGCGGUAUCUACAACCAUAAACCAGAGGAUAAUGCCAAGCAGUUUGCCGAGCACUGGGACGCUACAGGGUACACGUCGCUUCGUGAGAUGCUUGAUCCCGUUGCUCCAAACUAUGGAAUGUCAAUUCCCACGGCAGACCCAGUCGAUGUGAGCAGCUAUACCGAGAUGUGGUGGCAGAGUAACGAGCACAAGGAAGGCUUCCUUCAUUCGCAUCAUGGUCCCUGUGAAUGCUGGAUUGAUGAUAUAAAGGUCUUCCACAAUGACGAUUGUUCUAAGGAAUUUCGUUCAUAUCCUGCCAAGAUCCCUAUCGACUACUCGUCUUGUAAGGCAGGCAAAACAUGUUUGUUUGUCUUCUACUGGAUAGCGGUUCAAUUGCCACAAUGGCAGGUUUACAAGCAAUGCGUGCCUAUUAUCAAUAUAGGCUCGGGCAAGUCUUCUGACAAAGGUGCCACUGCCAAUAUAACUGCACCAAAUGAUACUCCAACCGAGAUACUCCCGAUUUUUAUUGCGCCUGCUGCCCCGCCUGCUGCCCCACCUGCUGCCCUGCCUGCUGCCCCGCCUGCUGCCCCACCUGCUGCCCCGCCUGCUGCCCCGCCUGCUACCCCACCUGCUACCCCGCCUGCUACCCCGGAUGCGACCCCGGAUGCGAUUUCAGAUGUGACCAUGCCUGCCCCACUGACAACGGACUUUACCCCGAUCGCGACGACAGCUCCCGUGGGCACUCCUGCUACAGACACGAGUACUGAGACGCAGGGUAGUAAACCUGCUAGCUCUUGCAAAAGACGCAAGUGA